AUGUUGACUUCCGUGGCAACCUUCUCGCUUUUGGUCUCUUUGGCCUCCGCUGCUGCGGUCGCAAAAUCCCAAAAAUUGCUCAUUCAGGAUGCUUCAGUCCCAGUACUCGACCACAUCAACAUGACAAGCUUUAAGAAAUUCGCCAUCGACGAUAUGAGCGAAGCAAAAUUUCGUCUGCACCACCAUGCCGUCAAGGCCUUGAUCGGCGACGAGUCCUACCUUCUGCUCCGUCAAACCGAAUUGCAAGCCAGAGAAAACGAAGUCUGGGAGUGGAUCUGGGACCACGACCUGGACUGUGGAGAUUGGAUGAAUGAGGAUGAGGAUGAGAUCGAAUCUCACUACCCGGAACGAAUUUACUUGUCAGGUCGCCGCAUUUUCGACAUUGACCCCAAACGAGUACCACAGGAUGUGAUUGACGGUCUUUUCGCAAUCGACAGACGUAAGGGUGAAAUCCGCUCACAAAUGUACCGCGAGAGUUACUGCAGCCUCAAGGAGACCGCGGACGCAUCUGAUGCAAAGACUUACGGAGUGGGCAAGGACAAGGACGAGCCAAAAUGGAAGAUCGACGUCCCUGAAGAGUACUUGCAGUACCAGAUCCCUGACAGCAUCUUGGAGAUCGAAGAAGAGACCCGGGAUUUGAAAUGGAAGGCUGAGGAAGAGAAGCGCAAGCAGGAUAUCUUGACUGGCAAAGUUUCUGUCAGGAACAUGAAGAUGCCUGAUCUUACGAAGUGCAAGAAGCUGGAGGAGGAUGUCUAUUAG